CCUCCGUGUAGGCCGCAGUGAAGCCUGAACUCGAGUAGGGCCCAAGCAAGCCAGGAAGGAGGAGGCAGCCAGAGUGUUCUCUGCAGCAGAAGACACCUUGCUGCCCUGCUUAACCCAGACCAGCAUUUGCCAGCUGCUGCUAAAGUCUUCUGAAAGAAUGGAAAGGAAGGAUUUAUCGGUGGGUGACUGUUUUGUGGAUUUGGUUCAGGAAGAUAAGCAGUUGGCUGAGGUCAAGGAUGGAAAUCUAUGAGUAUUCAGGGUACAGAUGUUUCAGGUAGAGUGUAUCCUACCAAAGAAAACCACAUGGCUCUGUGGGCACCAGGAGUCGACACCGACUUAAUGACACAACUUUACUUUAGUAUCCCCACAGACAGAAUACAGGAUUAAAUGACAUGGCAAUCAGAAUGAGCAGAUAAAACAGCAUUCACAGCAUAUAAAAUGGCUCAGGAGAUCACAGAUGGCACAGAAAAAGCAAAUGAAGAGGACGAGCCAGCUCUUCACACUGAUCGUGUGAAGAGCCUUUCUGUCUUUCAGAUAGGCUUUUCUUUGCUUUUUCACUUCAGUGAAAAGUGAUGGUUCCCAGUCUAAAAAUGAAAAGUACUGAGACUGAAAGACCAAUGGAAAAUGUUUACUAGAGAUAUGCAUUGAAGAAAAAUGAAUUUGCUGGAUCUGUUUGUUCUCCUGUGUAAAUGAUCUUGCAUGGGACUACUGGAUGAUACUGCUAAAAAACUAGAACAUGAUAUUGACUUGGCAAAGGGUCUUGGCAAACUCGUGUGCCUUCUCCUGUUCUUCGCUGCAGCAGUGAUGGCAUUUCUGUGUUAUCUUGAAUAUGAAAAGAAAAGAGGAAUAUCCAUUGGAUUGAAGAGGAUACGAAAACACAUGAUUAUCUUCAAUCCAGCUCUCGAAGGGAAGUCUGAUGUUGAAAUACUCACUGCAGCGGAUGAGUUGGCACUGUCUGUGACAAACUUAGAAGAACGAAUUGAAAAAGUGCACGCCUCCUUUGAUGACAUCGUCCAGAAGAUACAGGACGGGUGGAAGAUUUUUAAUAAGACCCUCUUUUACUUUACCAAGGAGGUGACUUUUUCUGAGUACAAAGCUGAGUGUCAAGGGAAGAAACUUCAGUAUAUUGAGUUUCGGCAGAAUUCUCAAGAACUGCAGGAUUUUGUACAGAAGCAAGCUGCAAGGUUAGGUAAAGGUAUCUGGGUUCCAGCGGAAAAGCAAAAGACUGAUGAUCCCUUUCUGUGGUCUGAUAAUGGUGGAAACACUAGUGGACACUACUGGAUGCCUGGAAAUCCUAGUAACGGUGCCCAUGAAUACUGCAUUCAAAUUCCAGAUGAUUGCAAAACAAGCCCAAAAUGCUGGGAUGAUAUUCAGUGUGCUUCCAAGAAAAUUGGAAUGUGUCAAAUGAGCCCAGAUAAAAGGUGGAUGGAGUCUUAGGUUCCAGAUUCCUCAUUCUCCAUGCAAAGGAGGAAAAUGGAUCCAGCCUAAUGAAAAAGCCAAUGGUUAUUCCAGUAAUCUUGCCACCUCUUGAGAACAGGGUGUGAAAAGCUCAACUCUGAAGUACAGCAUUUGAAAGCACCGGUUGUGGGGGGGAUACUUUAUUCUUUAUCCAACAAUGCUGUAGAUGGGCACAAAAAUAAAGAGUGAAACAUGUCA